GUGUCACAAGAAUACGACCGUUGGCGAGCGUGUUUUCAAAUUUGAAAUAUGUGACUGUUAAACUUCAAGUACCUAUUGUAACAAUUUCAUCACAUUCUCUUACACGGUCAUGACUGGGAUUCUGUCAGUCGGGCCUUGUUCUUGUGGUAAACUGGUGGGAUUCUGUCAGUCGGGCCUUGAUAAUCAGUGCACGCAACCUUCUACACGCCACUGAAGAUCUUGAAAAAGGAUUUUAACAAUGGUGAUGCAGGCAAUUCCAGAAAAUCAGGCCCAGACAAACCAAAAGGAAGUCACAGAUGCAGAAACUCAGAAGCAUCAAGAUUGCUGGACUCUAGAUGAUUUUGACAUUGGAAGACCCCUAGGAAAAGGCAAGUUUGGAAAUGUUUACCUUGCUAGAGAAAAGAAGCAGAGUAAAUAUGUUGUAGCUUUGAAAGUGCUCUUCAAGAGCCAACUGCAGCAGUCCCAGGUAGAACAUCAGUUGAGAAGAGAGAUCGAAAUCCAGAGUCACCUGAGGCAUCCCAAUAUACUUCGCUUGUAUGGCUACUUUUAUGAUAAGGAUCGUGUAUACCUCAUUCUUGAAUAUGCCCCAAGGGGUGAGCUGUACAAAGAACUUCAACGCUGUAGAUGCUUCAGUGAGAAGCGUGCAGCUACUUACAUCGCAUCACUAGCACGAGCUUUGCUCUACUGCCAUCAAAAGCAUGUGAUUCACCGUGACAUAAAGCCAGAAAAUUUGUUGGUCGGUCUUAAGGGUGAACUGAAGAUUGCAGACUUUGGAUGGUCUGUGCACACCUUUCAUAAAAGGAAAACUCUGUGUGGAACCUUGGAUUAUUUACCCCCUGAAAUAAUUGAAAACAAGGAACAUGAUACUGCGGUUGACAUUUGGAGCUUGGGAAUUUUAUGUUAUGAGUUCCUCUAUGGUGUCCCACCUUUUGAAGCAAAGAAGCACGAUGAUACUUACAGAAGGAUUUGCCAAGUUGAUUUAAAGUUUCCUCCCACACCAGUAGUUUCUGCUGCAGGAAAAGACCUCAUUUGUCAAAUAUUGGUGAAAAAUUCUUCUCAGCGUCUACCUUUACAGAAACUUCUCCAACAUCCAUGGAUUGUACAAAAUGAUGACCCCGAUGGCAUUUAUGGACAUGGUCUUUAAGAAAUUUAUUUAUUACUUUUGAGUUCUUUACAUUAGCAGCUGACUCCUUGUCAGUUCUCCAACCCUGAUUGAAAUUUGAUGCCUAAAUUUCAGAAUUAUCUUCAAAUUUAUAAAGCAGUAAAGAAACUUCAAAUGUUGUUGCACUUAACAGAAAUGUCUGGUUCAUUCUGGCUCCCAAUUGAUGCUAAAUAUUUGUGGUUUCAGAAUUAUCUUGGAAUUUAUAAGGUGUUAAGGAACACUUCAAAUGUUGUUGCACUUCACAGAAAUAUAUGGCUCAUCCUGGCUGCUAGUCAUUACAAUCAA